UCUUUAUUGAAAAAGUGAUUAAAAGGUGCUGAAAAUGAGCAGUGAUUUCGUAUGGGCUAUAAAGAAUGGAGAUCUAGAACAAGUAAAGGACAUUAUUGAAAAAAAGGCUGUUAACGUUAAUGAAGAAGUCCAGGGACGUCCCCUUAUUUUGUAUGCCGCAGAUUAUGGUCAAACAGACGUUAUAGAAUAUCUUAUAUCAGCUGGAGCUGAUGUAAAUACAAAAGACAAGUUUGGCAUAACAGCAAUCUUAGCUGCAAUAUGGGAAGGACACAAAGAAUGCGUCAAGUUGUUACUAGAAAAGGGAGCAAAGAAAGAUGGAGUUGCCCCAGAUGGUAAAACUUACUUGGAUUCAACUGAGAACACGGAAAUUCGGCAACUUCUAUUGGCUUAAAUUACAUACAUUUUUUUCUAUCAAUGUCUUUAGUUGAG